AUGUUCACCUCUAUUGUGGAUAAGAUCAGACAAAAGGCGGCAAGCUGGAGUACAAGACAGCUCUCGGCCACUGGUAAACUUGUAAUGAUCAAGUCAGUAUUAUCGGCGGUUCCCUCUCACUCAAUGAUGUGCUUCAAGCUACCCAAAAGUCUCACCAAAAGGAUCCAAGCCGCACUGACAAGAUACUGGUGGGAUGCAAGCCCAGAAGAGAGGAAAAUGUGCUGGGUCGCCUGGUCGGAAGUAACAAAAUCUAUGAAAGAUGGCGGACUGGGCUUCCGGGAAGUUGAAGCUUUCAACGACGCCCUCUUGGCAAAGCAAAGCUGGAGGAUACAAAUGAAACCGGAUUGUCUCCUCGCUAAGGUUUUGCUUGGCAAAUAUUGCAAAGCAACGAACUUCAUGGCGGUUCAAGCUUCAAGCUCUUGCUCACAUGGUCGGCGAAGUGUUUUGUGUGGAAGAGACCUACUGCUGGAAAAAACGGGGAAGGUGAUUGGGAAUGGAGCUGAUACUCAUGGAGAAUACUCCACCCGAACGGGCUAUUUCACUGCACUGGAGAUGAAGAACACAAGCAACCUGCCUCAUACAACUCAAACCAACGUGGACUGGAGGAAAGAUAUUUGGACAGUGCCUCUACCUCCAAAGCUUCGUGUGUUUCUGUGGAAAAUCACCAAAGGAGCAUUGCCACUAGGGGAAAAUCUGGAAACUCGAGGAUUGACGGAGAACCUCACAUGUACUCAUUGUGGUAUGAAGGAAACAGCCUCACAUCUCUUUCUUCACUGCCAAUUCGCAGUUGACAUCUGGUCUGCAGCUCCAAUAAGCAACUUAGCGGUCAUCACCACAGCAUUGGACUUCGAAGAAGCACUCAAACUUGGAACAAAGCUGACUAACCUACCCCCUACAGGACUUCACAUGGGACCUCUGUUCCCUUGGAUUGUUUGGAACAUCUGGAUUACACGAAAUUUGAAGAUCUUCGAAAACAGGGUUUUCAAACCAGCGGAGACACUCUCGAAAGCAAUAGCAGACGCGCGUGAAUGGCAAGAAGCACAACCUGGGCGACAAACUGGGCCAAAACCACAUCUACAGGCUUCGACGCUACCAUUGCCUCGAACGGACGCCUUGAUUAUCAACACUGAUGCAUCAUGGAAAAAAGAACUCUUUUCUGCAGGAUUGGCUUGGGUUUUCUCAACACCAUCAGGACAUGUGUUACACCAACAGGGCCUAUUCGAAGAUUGUGUAAACUCAGCUCAGAUGGCGGAGGCCUUAGCGAUAAGGGAAGCUCUACGCCAAGCCAAAGCACAAGGUUUCAACAACGUCAUCCUCAAGUCAGACGCUCAGACUUUAGUCCGAGCCAUCAACAAUCGAGAAUCAAUCAAGGAUCUCUUUGGAAUUCUUCAUGAUAUUCUUAAGUUAGCUUGUGACCUUGAUGUAAUCUCCUUUCAUUAUGUUCCUCGUUCAGACAAUAGGGCAGCUGAUGAACUCGCCAAGAGCGCGCUUCUCAACUACUCCACCUAUCCUUUGUGA